AUGCUAACCGGAGAAGUAGGAUCUGGUGUCAGUUCUGUUUGCAAUCUCUACCUCAAUGGAGAUAUGUUUACAACGAGUAAUGACUCAACUGUAUGUACUUCUGUACCAAAGUUCCAAUCUAGAAUUGUAAACGGCGUAGAGAGAAUAGCCAUUGAUACUGUAGGUUAUGACGAUGAAAUGGUAUCGAAAGAAAAGACAUCAAGUCUUUCCCAGUUUAUCAAAGAAAAUUCAUUGGGAAUUAAUGCGAUAGGACUUGUGAAACGCGCGCUAUCAGUGAAACUUUCAACAGGAGACAAGAAUGCUAUUAAAACAGCCAUUGAAAUAUUUGGAAAAGCAAUCUUAUCUCACAUCUGCGUUAUAAUCACUUUUUGCGAGGAAGAUUUUCCAGAUAGGAAUGCUCAUUUUGAACAGUUCAAUCCACAAAUAACUAGCUACUUAUCUGAAGUAUCAGGAAUAAAUGAAAUCCCUCAAAUUCCAUUAUUUUAUGUCGAUUGCGCCAAACCAGACAAGGACUUUGUCAUUGAAAAUAUGACACGUCUUCAUGAAUGGGCUGCCAAAUGCAAUAAAAUAAACUAA